GUAGGCGACCCCAAGGCCGGCGUGCCACCGGCGCGGCUGCUGACGCCGGCCGUGGUGGAGGGCUGGUCCGACCUGGUGCACUGCCCGUCGCAGCGGCUGCUGGACCGCGUGGUGCGGCGCUACGCGGAAACACGCGACUCGGGCAGCUUCCUGCUCAAGAACCUCAAGGACUCGGAGAAAAUCACCCUCCUCCUCACCAUCGCGUUCAACCCCGAGCCGCUCGUCAUGCAGAGCUUCCCUCCGGAUGAGGGCUGGCCUCUGGCCAAGUACCUGGGUGCGUGUGGGCGGAUUGUGGCCGAGAGCUACGUGGGGCCUCCGCUCUCCGACCUCCUGAGCUCGCCCUGGGAGAAACGUGUCGACCUCGCCUGGCAGGCCCUGGAGCUGGCGGAGCAGCUGAGCAACAACGACCUGGACUUUGGCCUCUACCUGCUGGACGUGCGAGCCGAGAGCUUCGGCGUGGGCACACGCGACGGGCGGCUCAUCCUCACCGAGGCCUCGCGAGUCCUGGUGUCGGACAAGCGCCACAUCCGCCAGGAGCGCCCGGCCCAGUUUGACUCCCCAUACGAGACAGCGCACCAGGAUUGCCGCGACUCCUACGACUGCCUCGCCCUCUCCCCGUCGCGCAAGCACCUCUGCUCGCGCCUCUCUCACGACCACAACCACUACGCCGUGUGCCGCAACCUCCUGGCUCCGCUGUGGGCCGGGGGCACCCGGGGCGGGGCGGCUCUGCUCGGGGGGGCCCCGCGGCCCCUGGCGGGCCGCCUAGAGGCCCUGCUGGCCGAAUGCGUGCGGCCCAAGAGGCCCGGCGGGCGGGCCGCGGCAGCCGGAGAGUUGCGAAGAUGGCUCGCCGAUCUCAACGCCAACUACAGCAAGCUGGCGGCGGCGGCGGGGAUUGUGGAUGUCAGUGGCGGCACUGAGAGGUAGCGGCUGACUUGGGGGGGGGAACGGGGGGGGCGGCAGGGGGGGGGAGGUCGGUGCGGCCUGACCCGCGACCUGGCCGCUCGCCGCCACCGUGAGUGCCGAUGCUGGACGGCGUUUGCCGGACGUGGCGGUAGCGCACGCGGUGAGGGUUGGGUCGGAGCGACGACGGUUUUUUUACUCUCCGCUACCCCCCCUGCUCCGAUGAGCAUCGUUGAGGCCGGCGCUCAUCUGUUUACAGCCCUGCAGAGCCAGCCGCCGGAGACAUUCCACAUUCUCGUGGCAGGUGGAGGACGGGGGGGGGGGGGGCGAGCGAGUCUACCCGUAGGACGACCGCCAUUGACGUCUCCUGCGAAGUGGUGCUUCAUUUUCUCGACCGCGUUUCGGAGAGAUGAUGGGCCGGGACAAGCAAGCCACCCCCCCUCCCCCCACCCCGCCAACCAGGAUUCGAACUCGGGGACUUCCGCUCGCUCCGCCGCUGAGCUACCGGGGCCAGAAGACGUGGCCCCCCAGGUGCGGUGAAAUAUGGUACUUGAAGAUUUUUAGUUGUUUUUCUAAACUGUAUUCCGCUAAGUUUCCGCAAGCUUCCGAACUCGCCUCACUUCCUCCUCGCUGUCGUCUAACGCACGCUCGGGGCAGUGUUAGCAGUGACCAAUUGGGCACUGUACGCGUGGUGUUUGUUCGCGCUAUCGCUCUCGUCGCACCGACUGCCCGGUGGUCUCACGGUAGUUUGGCGACGUUUGGUGAUCCCAAGCGAGUGAUUUUGUGGUGCGAUUUUUUUUUCGAAUCGGGCAAAAUUUGAACAAACUGAACACACACUCUCUAGGACAGGGGGAGUACAUACAAACUGAACACACACACACACUGAACACACACACAUACUGAACACACACACACUCUCUAGGACAGGGGGAGUACAUACAAACUGAACACACACACACUGAACACACACACAUACUGAACACACACACACUCUCUAGGACAGGGGGAGUACAUACAAACUGAACACACACUCACUCUCACUAGAACAGGGUGAGUACAUACACACUGAACACACACACACACUCUGUAGAACAGGGGGAGUACAUACAAACUGAACACACACACACUGAACACACACACACACUGAACACACACACACUGUAGAACAGGGGGAGUACAUAUAAACUGAACACACACACACACUGAACACACACACGUACUCUGUAGAACAGGGGGAGUACAUACAAACUGAACACACACACACACUGAACACACACACACACUGAACACACACACACUCUGUAGAACAGGGGGAGUACAUACAAACUGAACACACACACACACUGAACAUACACAUACACACUGAACACACACACACUCUGUAGAACAGGGGGAGUACAUACAAACUGAACACACACACACACUGAACACACACACACACACUAAACACACACACACACUGAACACACACACACUCUGUAGAACAGGGGGAGUACAUACACACUGCACACACACACACUCCAGAACAGGGAGGCGACAUACACACUGCACACAAAAAUAGAGUCCCAGGCAGGGAGUUGAACCCCAGCUAUUCCCUGUGAGGCGCGAGCGUGACCACUGCACCGCCACCCUGCUGCCCUGAACGAUUGCAUCGCUGUCGCCAAUGAGAUUGCCCCCUGUGGGGUGCGGCCCCCCCCCAUCCACUUGAGUUAUCUUCUCGUUUCAACGAAACGAACUCUCAAAAUUUCGAUUUAAAGCUUUCGUGACUGCAGGGAUUCAUCUUCUUGGUUCUUUUGGUAAAGUCACGUAGAAGGGAAAUAAUAAAGUAAUAAAAAUAAAACAUAUUAUUUUAUUAUGUUUUAUUUUUAUUACUUUAUUAUUUCCAUUCUACGUGACUUUACCGAAAGAACCAAGAAGAUGAACUCUCAAAAGUUUGCGAUCCCGGGCGUAGCCGUUAGAGGGCAGAAACCCACCACUUUGUCGCAUCCCGUUUGGGGCGAAUGGAGAUUGUUUCGGCUGACUGUGAAAAGACCAAUCGUCCAUAUCCUUCCCAUAUCUGCCCCUCCACAUACACAUUUUUUCUUUUACACAUCCCAUCAGCCUGGCGGCCUUCCUCCCUGGGAGUGCGUCUUGAGCGGCUUUGAGAUCCGACGUCUCGUCAGCAGGAGAGGAGUCGAGCUUGGGUUGGUUUUCGCAUUCGUGCCACGAAUCUUCUGCCCCGCUGUUUGGCGCAGCGCGAAACGUCGGACGCGUCGCCGCGGCGAACGGGACGGCGUGUAGCGGGGCACGACGCUGCGGAGAAAUGUCGCUGUGAAAGCAGCAGCAGCGGCAGCAGCAGCAAACGGUUUACAACGUUCGGUUCUGGUUUUCGUUUCGGGUAUCUAACCUGGGUGUUCUUCGUCAUCGUUGUGCCUAUGGUGAGUUGAAUAGGGGGCCUCGGAGGGCGGGGGUCGGGGGGCGGGGGGGGUGUCUGUGAGGGAUGAUGGGGGGGGGGGGGACCCCAGUAAUCAACAUCACUCCGGGUGUUAGGCUGCUGAGAUUUCCUGUGUCCCUCCAGGAGGUUUCUACUCUGUGCCUCUUCUCUAGUCACGUCCACUGUUCUCGUAACUCCUCCACGGUCUGACGCUCUCCCUCCCACCCCCCCUCCCCUCUUCAUCCUCCCUCCUCCGUUGGAAAAAUAAUGAUUUGAAGAGCUUUGUCGAUCCACUACUGAGUGAAGGCCUCCCCUCCAUGCUUUGUGUGUCAUGAGUUUUAUUUGACCAUACUUCACCACGAUGGGCAAUGCGGGUUGGUGAAGAGAGGGAGGCCCAAGACUGAUAUUUAUCGGUGACGGGGGAAUCUAACUUGGGUGUCUGGGUUCGUUUUGGAGUGCGCUCACCGCUGUGCCGAUACUGCACCCACAGCAUCUAUGGAUCACACGGUCUGAGUGUAGGUCUCUGCGAGUGUGUGCGUCACUGUGUGUGUAUCAGUCUGAGUGUGCAAGUCUGUGGGUCUCUACACCAGUCUGUGUGUCUGUCAGUCUCCGAGUGAGUCUGCCUCAGAUCGCCUCGAAUUGCACGAGGAAAAAAACCACGUGUCCAAUCCAGCUCGCCUCUCUCCCUUGAUCUCAAAAUUAUUUGUAUCACCGAGGCUCUCACUUAUUCCUUCCUCCUGAUCUUUACCUUAAGAGAUGUUUUGCAAUCCGUACGGAUGAUUGUGUUUGUUCAUUUCGCUCCUGCGCAGGAGGGCUGGUGACGGUUGAUGUGAUCGGAACGAUGAGGAAUCGAAUGAUUUGCUCUUACUUUAUUUGCGUUUUUUUGUUCACGCGGAAAAGAUGGUGGCGGAGGUGCCGGGGUCGGGGGGUGAUGGUGCGAGCGAGUUUUUAAAAAGAGGAUGACACUUUACUGCGGGUAAAGUGACGGUACUGUACCUUGUGAAAUGCAAUCAUUCCAAACGAGAGCUGUGUUCCCCGUAGCAAUAACGCCGUUUGUUUCCAUGACUGGGUUUUUGUUUUUCGACCGGUCAGCAGCUGUGGCCAAUUGUUUUCACUCCCACCAACACAGAACGGCUCAGAUGGAUAACGCUCCUUUUCUAUAAAUAAAGGAUUACGUACGCAACCA